UGAUAAUAAAUAAUUCUUGUGCACCAACUACCUGCAUCAGCUACAUCAACAUCAGCAUUCAGCAGCUAGACUCGGUAUUACUUCUAUUACUGCCUAGACAGGCAUUACGUUCUAAUAUAAAUUAUACACGUUCUCGGAAAGUUAAACCUUGUUAUUGAUAAUAUAUUACAUUGUUUUUCAACUUAUAAUUGAAAAGCUUCGAACAUGGCUAAAAUGGAUGUGGUAUCCAUUAUUGGUAGUUAUUAGAAUUCGAGAAUUCGAUAAGUAACCGUUUCUGGAACUGCAUAUUAUGUUUUAAUCUCGAUACUCAUUUUUAGUGUUUGUACUUUAUUAUGUGAAUUAUACGAAUAAUAGCUAUAGCCAAAAUGAAUAGUCAAAAUUUUACAUUAGCUGAAAAUCUCAUACCUUCCUCGUAUGUCCAGCAAGCAGCUAGCGCUUUGAGAACGAGAGAGAACUUGGCUAAAACGUUAAUGGAACAAAGAAAAUGGCCAGAUAAUGGAUGGGACGAUGCAACUAUUGAAAUGUUUCUAUCAAACUUAGCACUUAUGGACAGUAAUAACUUUAAAGAACAUGCUGGGGUUGGUGAACGAGAAGGACGCAUAGCUUGUAAUUUAGUUGCAAAACGACAUUUUCUCAUGACUCAUGGAAUUGGCAGGUCAGAAAAUAUUGCUGAAGUUCAACCUAAUGCCACAGGAUCCAGUUUAAUGAUAAAAUUAGUGAACGCCAUGCUCUUAGAGUCUAUCCGUUUUAUGGGAGUAGCAAGUGCAACUGGUUGUUUUAUGGUUCCAAUGGCUACUGGAAUGAGUUUGAUGUUGUGUAUGUUAACUUUAAAACAAGAUAGGCCUGGAGCCAAAUUUGUACUAUGGUCUAGAAUUGAUCAAAAAUCAUGUUUCAAGUGCAUCAUUACAGCUGGUCUGCAACCAAUAAUCAUUGAUCCUAUACAAUGUGGUGAUGAAUUACAUACAGAUGUACCAGCAAUUGAAGCACAGUUAUCAACACUUGGAUCAGAUAAUAUAGUGUGUGUCCUUAGCACAACUAGUUGUUUUGCCCCAAGAGUAUCAGAUUCACUUGAAAAGGUUGCUUGUCUUUGUCAGAAAUAUAAUGUACCACAUUUAGUCAAUAAUGCUUAUGGUUUACAAUCUACCAGACUGAUGCACUCGAUUCAAGAUGCUUCUAGAAAGGGAAGGAUUGAUGUUUUUGUUCAAAGCACUGAUAAAAACUUUUUAGUUCCUGUUGGAGGUGCUAUUAUUGCUGGAUUUGACAAAACUAUUUUAGAUAAAAUUACUAGAAAUUAUCCAGGAAGAGCAUCUUGUAGUCCUGUUAUGGAUAUCUUCAUAACAUUACUGUCUUUGGGUACUAAUGGUUAUAAAGAAUUAAUAACACAACGUAAAGAAGUACACCAACAUUUACGGAAAGAACUUGGAAAGAUUGCAGCAAAAUAUGGUGAACGUUUAUUGGAUAUACAAAAUAAUCCUAUUUCCAUAGCUAUGACAUUGACAUCAUUAAGUGUUCCAAAUGCGACUGAAACUGAUACAAAAAAAUUAAGUCAGCUAAGCUCAAUGAUGUAUAUGCGCCAUGUUACAGGCUGCAGAGUUAUAUCAUCAGUUGAAGUCAAAGAUAUCUGUGGUUAUAAAUUUGAUGGUUGGGGGGCACAUAAAUCCAACUACCCUUGUCCAUAUAUUACAGCUGGUGCCUCAAUAGGUGUUAAAAAGUCUGAUAUUGAUUUGUUUAUACAAAAAUUGGAUAAAGUUAUCGCUAGGUUAAGAAAAUCACCUCCAUCCAAUCUGGAAACUCCAUCAUCAUCUGAAGGUAAUGAUAACACAUCAAUGCGACGAACUGCAACAGUUGCAUCUAGCUAUCGAAGCACAGUAAAUGGAGUUUACUCUACUGGAGAUGGCAGUACAUCAACUUCACGCACGUCUAGUGUUGAUAAUUUACGUAAACAUUGAUAGUUAUGUUUACAUUCUAGACAUUAUUUAAACUACAUAUUAUGUAUGUUAAUGUUCUAUUUUAGUCAAUUUUUGCUUGUAGAGCAGAAAAGGGAUCUCUGGAGCAGUUAUAUUUUAAAAUAUUCAAUAUUAAAUCCUUAACUCUUAGUAGUUGGUUAUUUUAUACGGUUCAAAUUAUAAAACUAUUAGAUAAUGCCUUUCACCAUGACGUGUUAGGCUUUCUAGUAAAUAUUGUAUGAAAUUAUGUUCAGAUGCCUAUAGACUGAAUGACUCAAUAAUUCUAUUCAUUUAUAAUGAAAAGGAAAGCUUAAGUUUUAAAUUUAAUUAAGAUAAUAUUUUUAAAAACUAAAAAAUCUAGUCAUAGUAUAAAUGGGUAAAACAUUAAUGUUCCUCAUAAAUUGUGUGAGCAAAGAGAAAUUUUUUUCCCUUUAAUGAGUAUUAUGAUUUCUUAUAAAUCUGGAUGAUUUUUAGUUGUACACAUUACUAUUCAAUAAAAAUGUAUUAUCUUAAAAAAUACCUUCUAAUAAAUUAUUGAAAUUAUUAUCAUAGAUAAUUUUGUUUAUUUGGUAUGGGCUAAAUACACAUUGAAUUAACAUUAAACAAGAUAUUGAUACUUGUUUUACUUAAGUACAUUUUUUGCUCGAAUUGUAUUUUAUAAAAAAUUUAAUUAAGAGUUAUUUUUAUUUUUAAGAUCAAUUAUCUUCAUUCAUAUAAAACAGCUUAAAGGUAAUACUAAAAUUGAAUAGAUGCUAGUUGUUGUCUUAAUUACAUUUUUACAUUUUUUUUUUUUUUUUUUACUCGUGUAACACUAAGGCACAGUAGAUUCAAAAUUUAAAUACAUUUAAUACAUGCAUCAAAGGAUCAGAAAUAGAUUUAUGUAUUUUUUAAAUUUAAAUUGCUUUUAUAUAUUUUAAAUUAUAUUGAGGUACUGUAGCUAUUCAAAUUAAGUGCAAUAAAACACUAUUCUGAGGAAUAAUGCUUUGAAGCUUAACUUAUUAGUAAUUGUACUUUAGAAUAAAUUCAUUCCAGAAAUCCCUUAAAAGUAAUCAUAUACUACUCAAAUAUUUUGAAGAGCAAAAUUUAUAGUCCAUUUAUAAAGUAAUAUCAAUGUGUUGUACAAAAAAUUUAAACAUUAAUAAUUAAUAUAAAUUAAAGGUG